CGGCAGGGGGCGGGCCUGAGGUGACAGCGGCCAGAGACAACCGGAAAUGUUCUCCGUCUCUAGUAACCAGUAAGGAGCAGCACGAUGUCCUCCAGGAACCCUGGUUGUGAACUGGAUCUUGGGUGGAUCUCACGAGUAGUGGUCAAUCAGCCGGCUGUCCUGAGACGAGCAGAGCAGAUUCAGAGCCGUAGAACCGUGAAGAAGGACUGGCAGGCAGCCUGGCUGCUGAGAGCCGUCACCUGCAUCGAUCUCACCACCCUGUCUGGAGAUGACACUCCUUCCAAUGUCCACCGCCUCUGCUUCAAAGCCAAGCAUCCCAUCAGAGAUGACCUCCUGCGGAGCAUCAAGAUGGACGACUCAGAUAUUCUGACCGGCGCUGUGUGUGUCUAUCCUGCGAGGGUAAAGGACACGGUGAAAGCACUGAAGGAUGCUGGUUGUCACAUACCGGUGGCAUCAGUGGCUACAGGAUUUCCUGCAGGUCAGACCCCCCUGAAAACUCGGCUGGAAGAGGUCAGGAUGGCUGUGGACGAUGGAGCCUCAGAGAUUGACAUAGUGAUAAACAGGACCCUGGCACUGGCUGGACGUUGGAAAGAACUGUAUGAGGAGAUCCGAAUGUUCCGUGAGGCAUGUGGAGAGGCACAUAUGAAAACUAUCCUUGGCACUGGAGAGCUCGGCUCCCUCACCAACGUAUACAAGGCCAGCCUAGUUGCCAUGAUGGCAGGAUCUGACUUCAUUAAGACGUCGACAGGGAAGGAGUCUGUCAAUGCUACUUACCCGGUGGCCUUGGUAAUGGUGCGGGCGAUCCGGGAUUUCUACUGGAAAACCGGCAUCAAGGUUGGAUUCAAACCUGCUGGAGGGAUCCGUAGUGCAAAGGAAGCACUGGUCUGGCUGUCGUUGAUUAAGGAAGAAUUGGGUGAUGACUGGCUGACACCCCACCUGUUCCGCAUUGGGGCCAGUACUCUGUUAAGUGAUAUUGAGAGACAGAUUUAUCAUCAUGUGACUGGACGUUACGCUGCCCACCAUGACCUACCAAUGGCCUGAGACCUUCUUAUCCUAGUAAAUCUCACCUCAAAAGUUUCUUCCCAUUUUAGAUGAAAGAUGUGACUGCAAGCUUUCCCUCCCAUGAAGAUGAUAAGCUUGAAGGAUGCAGGGGCACAAUGCUCCGUUCUUCAGUCUGCUCCACAUGGAGCUUCCCAUAUUGUCAUUCUAUUACUGUCAGCCUCCACUAUUUUCAAUGCCCCAUUUACUUGGGGGCUCCACCUUCUACUUGGAGAGGUAAGGCCAGACUACAGCUGGAGGCAUUACCAGGGAGACUGACCCUUCAGGUCCUCUGGCACAGAAGUAUGAGGCAUCUGCUGCAGAUGGGGGACUCCCAUGUGUAUCCAAAACAUGCCAUGAACUCUGAAUAAAUGUAUAAUCUCUGU